AUGGUUAUUCAAUUCAAAAUCCUGUUCCAAGAACUUUGGGUUCUCAACUUAGACUGGGACAGCCCGCUACCGCUCAACCUGGAAGAUUGGUAUCUCAAAUGCAAGCACGAUAUCAACACGCUCAAUCAACUUGAGGUUCCACGCUACAUUGGCAACUCUACUGACACAAUCGAAUUGCACGCCUUCUCUGACGCAUCUAUAAAAGCCUACGCCGCUGUCGUUUAUAGUAGAGUCACUCUCCCUGAUGGUAACAUACAGGUUACUCUUAUAGCUGCAAAGACUCGUGUUGCACCGCUCAAAACACAAUCACUUCCACGCCUGGAAUUGUGCGGCGCACUGCCACUAAGUCGACUCAUCAACUCAGUCCAAACUGCACUGAAAAACUACAACGUCAUUGUUCACGCCUGGUGCGACUCUGCCAUGGUUUUGGCUUGGCUCCCGCACAUACCUGCCAAACUGAAGACUUUCGUCGCAAACCGCACUGCUGAAAUCCUCAGCAUCAUUCCACGAGAUCACUGGCAUCAUGUCAAAUCAGAUGACAACCCUACUGACUGCGAUUCAAGGGGCAUGCUAGCUGCUGACUUACUACUUCGUAUUCUCGCCUACGUUCUCAAGUUCAUCCGACGCAAUCGCAGAAUAUCCAACAUCGCUACGCUGACAUUUGAGGAAAUCCAUGACGCACCAAUCCUGUACCUGUGCCUUGCUCAAGACGAAUUCCAAGCUGACUACAAGCGACUCCUCAACCAGCAAGAUUUGGGGCACAAAUCAAAAUUGGGCACUCUCUCACCGCAAAUCGACAAACAUGGACUCCUGCGAGUGGGUGGUCGCUUAGGUAACUCAGAACUGCCAGCGGAUGUGCAGCGUCCAAUAAUUCUGCCCAAAUCUCAUUGCAUAACGAAGCUCAUUCUGGAACAUGAGCACCGGAUUCACUUACAUCCUGGUGUAUCGGUGUUAUUCGUGAUCGCCCGCCAACGCUACUGGGUAUUUGGCGCACGCAACCUCAUUCGAAAUAUCACGCAUGACUGUCUAAAAUGCUUUAAAAAACGCCAACACACAUCUCACCAAUUCAUGUCAGGUCUGCCGUCUGACCGAGUUCGGCAGGCAUUCCCGUUUGCAAACACUGGCUGCGACUAUGCCGGGCCAAUCACCAUCAAGGUUCACAAGGGACGAAGUCCACGCAAGAAAAAGGUUACAUUUGUCUGUUCGUAUGCCUAG